GCCCGGCCGAACAUGUACCCCACCUCCGCCUCGUGGGAAUUCUGCGCCCCACCACCGACUCGGUUCGAGUCCAAGCGAGUGCACCCCCUUUUCCGUUCCAUCGACCGUUUCCUGUGAUCAUUCAUGGCUUCAGAAGAACAAAUCGUUCUAGACGACGCGCACGUCCCUGGCGAGGACGCGAAAGAUGCAUUCGAUGGAAAAGUAGCCGAAUCGAUCAAAGAGUCGAUCAAGAAGUCACGGCGCUCUUGGAAAAUUCACCAUGAGUCUUCAAUGUGGGCCAGAGCAGCGGGUCUGAGCGACGAUGAACUCACGAGCUUCUCUCGAGAUGAUCUCGUACAAAUCCGAAACGGACAGGCGAGCUACGGACACGUUAUCUUUGGGAAGUUGAGGCUUCCUGCUGUUAAUGAUAAGCUCGGUGAGGGAUAUAUUCACGUCAGGAUCCACCACGAGGGAGUUUCCGGAUGGAAACUACAUGCUAUCCAUCACCUCACAGCAUCCUUUGACGAGGAUGGUCAUCCUCACUCUUGGCGUGCCAUACAUCCUGAUAGCUACCCUUUGGAGUUCUUUGAGUAUCACUCCGAGCUUCACGAGGCCCCACAACGUUCCUCUCAUCGGUGAAUUUCGGAGUUAUCAGGGAAAGAAAGAAGGGUGUGAUGGUUAUUUUUUACGUGUGAUUGAUUUGAUUGCUCGUCGCCCUCAGAGGGCGUUCACCCGC